ACCAGGCGCCGUCGGCUCCGGGACCCGCGAGCCGCCAGCACCGCACCAUGAGAUCCCAGGCGGCUGCCGGAGCCCGGGAGGCGCGGAGACUCCUCUGCCACUGUCCCAGAGAUGAUCCCGGGAGGCCACGGCUGCCUCCAGGGCCCGAAAGUUCCUCUCCGGCUCUGUGGAGACCUUGGGUGCCGCUUCCUGAAGAUGCCCCGCUGACCAGAACUGGAAGCCCGUGUGAGCCUUGGGGGAACCAGCAAACUUUAGGAUCAAAGGGAGCCUUCGGAUUCCAGCACCCUGUCAGACUUUACUUACCCCUUUCAAAGCGUCAAGAAUACCUGCAGAGUUCUGGGGAAAAAGUGUUGGCCAACUUCCCAGUGCAAGCUACCAUUCAUUUCUACAACGAUGAAUCUGAGUCGGACGACGAGGAGGAGGAGGAGCAGGAGGACAGCACAAAUAGAGCUGGCAAGCCUCUAGGGAGGACGGGACGGCCUCUGGGGUGACUGCAGGGAUCAGUCUCUCUCCUGUGCUGGUCUCCCUGUCCUGGGGACAGACAGCCUUGCCAGGAUUCAGCCUCCUGUCCAGUUUCCUCCGAGGCCGUGACUCCACCCAGCACCUACAAAAGCUAGGGACUCCGCUUUUAACUCUGUGUGUGUGUGUGUGUGUGUGUGUGUGUGUGUGUGUGAAUGAUUCAUUUGAUUGCUCAGUAGCUGUCUGAAAAAAUAUUCUCUUACUUGUGAAAAAAGUGAAACCCUGAAUAAUUUCCACUGGAAUAAGAAGCCAGAAGACAUAAUCUUUUUAGGGGAUGAAGAGGCGUUUCCGAGGCCUGGGUAAGGGCUGUGAGUAUAUAUAGGCUGUAAAGGGACAAGUUUUCUGACUCGGUGCCUAGUAUGAUCUUGUUAUUUGAUGAAAUACUAUUUUUAAUUGAAAUGUCUUGUGUAAAUUAGUUUGAAUUUUGUGAUUUUGAUAACCCAAGGACUAUGCCCCUCAGGGCUCUCCUGAAUUAUCUUACCUGACCCCGUCUUCCUGUAUAUAUACCACUUUGCAGGAAUUUUU